GAUUCGAUUGGGCCUUCAUUCUAGAUUUCUCGAGUCUGGUGCACCUGGUGCUGUGGCGGCCAGGGGAGUAAAGAUGGGAGUGGGCGAUGCUUCUUAUGCUUGGAAAUAUUCCAGAGUGUGGAGUCAGCCUUCCCCGAGAGGAACUGAGGUCAGGCUUUUCCAAGACCCCAACCCUGCUCCUGCCCCCACACUCUUUUCUGCCUGGAGUUCCUGGAAGCCAGCGUGGCUGAACAGACUGUUCCCUGGGUGGACGAGCAGCUUCCAGAAUGGAGCCAACCUGACCCUGUGAGGAUGUUCAGUGCCUCAGCUGGAGCCUUAGGAACAAAGGUGUUUGCACAACAGGAACCUCUGGACUGUCUGGAAAUGAUUCUCAACCUAGAAACUACUCUUUCUGCUAAAGACCCGGGAGUUUGCCAGCCUGCUCACCCCUGCCACUCAUGUUCUGUACAGCAUCCCAAGGGACCUCUGACAGGUGCCAACUGUGCAGCCUCCCUUCAGGUACUGUUAUCGUAAAUGCUACACUGGUUGAGUGGCUCACGUUCCUCAUGCUCCGAGGGAAGACUCUUUAUCUCUCUCCCCUCUCCCUCCCUCUCUCCCUCCCUCUCUCUCUCUCCCCCUUGCUCCCGCCCUCUGUCCCUCCUGCCCUAUCUCACUCCAAGACUCCCUGAACAUAUUGGCCCGUGCUGCACGCUGACCUGUGGAGAGAAAAGCAUCCCAUGAACUGUCAUACACUCAGACUGGUGCUGGUGAUGCUCUGUCAGUUCCUGUGUGAUACUGCCCUUAGAACCCAGCUGUCAUGCUGUGAGGAAGCCCAAGCCACCCUGUGGAGAGACACAUGGAGAGAAGUAGCAUACGGCACCAGCUUGAAAUCCAUGGAGCCCCGCGCGGACUCAUUCCAUGAUGUCCCUGUCGGUGCGGCCGCAGCGCCGCCUGCUCAGCGCCCGGGUCAGUAGGAGCCAGUCCUUCGCAGGCGUCCUCGGCAGCCAGGAGCGGGGGCCCAGGAGCUUCCCGGCCUUCAGUCCCCCGGGACCCCCACGAAAGCCCCCAGCUCUUUCCCGAGUGUCCAAGAUGUUUUCAGUGGCGCACCCAGCCCCCAAGGUCCCGCAGCCUGAGCGCCUGGACCUGGUGUACACUGCACUCAAGCGAGGCCUGACGGCCUAUUUGGAAGUGCACCAGCAGGAGCAGGAGAAACUCCAAGGACAGAUAAGGGAGUCCAAGAGGAAUUCCCGCCUGGGCUUCCUGUAUGACUUGGAUAAGCAAGUCAAGUCCAUUGAACGCUUCCUGCGACGGCUGGAGUUCCACGCCAGCAAGAUCGACGAGCUGUAUGAGGCAUACUGUGUCCAGCGGCGUCUCCGAGAUGGCGCUUACAACAUGGUCCGUGCAUACAGCACCGGCUCCCCAGGGAGUCGUGAGGCCCGGGACAGCCUGGCUGAGGCUACUCGGGGGCAUCGGGAAUACACAGAGAGCAUGUGUCUGCUAGAGAGCGAGCUAGAAGCACAGCUGGGCGAGUUCCAUCUCCGGAUGAAAGGGCUGGCCGGCUUCGCCAGGCUAUGUGUGGGCGAUCAGUAUGAGAUCUACAUGAAAUAUGGGCGUCAGCGCUGGAAACUGCGGGGCCGCAUAGAGAGUAGCGGAAAGCAGGUGUGGGACAGCGAGGAAACCGUCUUUCUCCCUCUGCUCGCAGAAUUCCUGUCCAUUAAGGUGACAGAACUGAAAGGCCUGGCCAACCAUGUGGUUGUGGGCAGCGUCUCCUGUGAGACCAAGGACCUGUUCGCCGCCCUGCCCCAGGUUGUAGCUGUAGACAUUAACGAUCUCGGCACCAUCAAGCUUAGCCUGGAAGUCACCUGGAGUCCCUUCGACAAGGAUGACCAGCCCUCAGCCGCUUCUACUGUCAACAAGGCCUCCACGGUCACCAAGCGCUUCUCUACCUAUAGCCAGAGCCCACCAGACACGCCCUCACUUCGGGAGCAGGCCUUCUAUAAUAUGCUGAGGCGGCAGGAGGAGCUGGAGAAUGGGACAGCGUGGUCCCUGUCAUCUGAAUCUUCCGAUGACUCCUCCAGCCCACAGCUCUCGGGCACCGCCCGCCACUCCUCAGCCCCCAGGCCCCUGGUGCAGCAGCCCGAGCCUCUGCCCAUCCAAGUUGCCUUCCGCAGGGCUGAGACCUCCACUUCUGGGCCCGUGGAUGAGGAGGGGGCCAUGGCUCCAGCCCUGGCCAAUGGGCAUGCCCCCUACAGCCGGACUCUGAGCCACAUCAGUGAGGCCAGUGUGGAUGCUGCCCUGGCUGAGGCUUCAGUGGAGGCUGCGGGCCUAGAAAGCCUAGUCCGGGGACCUAGCCCACCUGCACACCCAGAUCCCACCCAUGGGGAGCACCCUAGUCCUGUCUCUCCUGCCCUGGACUCUGGCCAUUCUACCGCAAGCCCCACUCUCAGUACAACAGACCCUGCCCCAUCUGCACACCUAGACUCGGUUAACAAGACCAUAAAUUCUAGCUCUUCUGAAUUGCCAGACCCCACCCACACCACUGCAAGUUCCACCUCUGGUGCCAUAAGGCCUACCCAUAGUACUCCAAGCCCCACUCACACCACCACAGGUUCUGCCCACAAGACUGCGGUCUCUACCCUCACUCCUACAGGCCCUACCCCCAGCACCACAGGGCCAGUCCAGACCACCACAAGUCCCACCCACAAACCAAUGCUCUCUACCCUCACUCCUGCAGCUCCUACCCCCACUACUACAGACCCAGUCCAGACCACCACAAGCCUCAGCCACACAGUCACAAACCUAGUACACACUGUCAUAAGCCCCACCAACAACCCCAUGGUCUCUACCCUCACGACUGCGGGCCCUACAGCUAGUGCCACAGGCCCAGCCCAGACUACCACUAGCCCCACCCACACUACUGCAAGCCCUACCCACACCACAGUAAGCCCCACCCACACUGCUACAAGCCCUACCCACACCACAGUAAGCCCCACCCACACUGCUACAAGCCCUACCCACACCACAAUAAGCCCCACCCACAAUACUGCAAGCCCUACCCAUACCACGAUAAGCCCCACCCACAAUACUGCAAGCCCUACCCACACUACCACAAGCCCCACCUACACUACUGCAACCCCUACUCACAAAGCCAGGAUUUCAACUCACAGUACUAUACUCGAUGCAAAGGACCCAGUCCAGACCACAGGGAGUCCCACCCAUUCUGUCACAAGCUUCACCCUUAUAACCGUAAGCCCUUCCACUUUUCUAGACCUUGCUACGCUCUCCAGCCCCUCUGCAAACACAGACCCUCCCCUCCCAGGUGUGGACCCCCUGUCCUGUAGCUACCCAGCCUCCACUCCCUGCACUCAGGCAGACCCCAUAACCCCCAGCACCUCCCACCCAACUCCUACCUGCUCCAGUUGGGAACCCCUCACAAGCCCUUCCCCAAACCCCCCAGAAGCCAACCAUCAGAGCCCAAGUCUCCCUCCCUCACCCCUAGCCCCUGUGCCCCAGCAUUCAGACCCUAGAGUGGCCAGGGCUUCCCAGGCUCCAGUUCCAGGGGCAGCUGGAGGGGCUGGGGACAGGCGGCUGGAGGAGGCACUGGGGGCCCUAAUGGCUGCCCUGGAUGACUAUCGUGGCCAGUUUCCUGAGCUGCAGGGCCUGGAGCAGGAGGUGACCCGGCUGGAGAGUCUGCUCAUGCAGAGACAAGGCCUGACUCGCAGCCGGACCUCCAGUCUUAGCAUCACUGUGGAGCAUGCCCUGGAGAGCUUCAGCUUCCUCAACGAGGAUGAAGAUGAAGACAAUGAUGGUCCUGGGGACAGGCCCCCAAACAGCCCGGAGCCUGGGGCUGAGGACAGCCUCGACUCACCUAGUGCCCGACCCCUCAGCACAGAGUGUCCAGCUCUGGACGCUGCCUUGGUCCAGCACCUGUACCACUGCAGCCACCUCCUGCUGAAACUGGGCACAUUUGGGCCCCUGCGCUGCCAGGAGGCAUGGGCCCUGGAGCGGCUACUGCGGGAGGCCCGAGUGCUUGAAGCAGUAUGUGAGCUUAGCAGGCGAUGGGAAAUCCCUGCCACCUCUGCCCAGGAAGUGGUGCAGUUCUCAGCCUCUCGGCCCGGCUUCCUGACCUUCUGGGACCAAUGCACAGAGGGACUCAGCCCCUUCAUCUGCCCUGUGGAGCAGGUGCUCCUCACCUUCUGCAAUCAGUACAGCGCCCGUCUCUCCGUGCGCCAGCCAGGCUUAGCCGAGGCUGUGUGUGUCAAGUUCCUGGAGGAUGCCCUUGGGCAGAAGCUGCCCCGGAGGCCCCAGUCAGGCCCUGGAGAGCAGCUCACCAUCUUCCAGUUCUGGAGUUACGUUGAAGCCCUGGACAGCUCCUCCAUGGAGGCCUUUGUGACGGAGACUGCCGAGGAGGUAUUACUGGUGCGGAAUCUGAACUCAGAUGACCAGGCUGUUGUGCUGAAGGCCCUGCGGUUGGCACCUGAGGGGCGGCUUCGAAGGGAUGGGCUCCGGGCCCUCAGCUCCCUGCUUGUCCAUGGCAACAACAAGGUCAUGGCUGCUGUCAGCACUCAGCUCCGGAGCCUGUCGCUGGGCCCUGCCUUCCGGGAAAGGGCCCUACUGUGCUUCCUGGACCAGCUCGAGGAUGAGGAUGUGCAGACGAGAGUGGCUGGCUGCCUGGCCCUGGGCUGCAUCAAGGCUUCUGAAGGCAUUGAGCCCCUCGUGUACCUGUGCCAAACGGACACAGAAGCCGUGAGGGAAGCAGCCCGGCAGAGCCUGCAGCAAUGUGGCGAAGAGGGACAGUCUGCCCAUCGACGGCUGGAGGAGUCACUGGAUGCCCUGCCCCGCAUCUUCGGGCCUGGCAGCAUGGCCAGCACGGCAUUUUAAACUCCCCACGCACCGGCCCCCAGUGCCCCUUCCCCCCUCCACUUUCAGGGCUUACCAGGCACUGGCAGGGAGGGUGAAGGCUGGCUCCAGACACACCUCCCUCACAGAUUCCUAUCCAUGAAAAUCUAAUAUAUUCUCCUGUUGUCCUUGGGGUGGGUAGAGUCGGUGCCGCAGUCAAGUGCCUCCCAGCCUCGGCUCAGCACACUUGCCAUAGAUCCAGUGUCCCGGGCCUGGCCGUCCUGCCUCUGCCCUGCCUUGUCCCUUGGUUUUGUAUUUUAUUUACAGAGUUUUACAGAAAAUAAAAAAGCAAAAUGCCUUUCCUAUA